AUGGCGCUGUCGCCGACACUGUGCGCGGCGACGGCGGCGUCCAGGAGGGAGGCUGCGGUGUCCCGCAUGCCGCGGCUGGCGCACAGGGAGGUGAUGCUGGCGCUGGCGCACCAGAUGGAGGCACGUCUCGGCCCGCGGCUGCUACCCUCGGAGGUGCCCGCGGACGUGGCCUGGUUCGGGGAUGGCGCCGUGCCGGGGGCCGCGCUCGGAUCCGUCGACGUUCACGGGGGCGCGCCUGGCUCCUCGAUCGACUUCAUGCUGGAAGCCUGGUUCCACCGCGCACUCCCGACCGGUGGCGCCAUCGACAUCACCUCUCUCGUCGUGUUCCUCAACGGCACCACCGACGCGCCACAUUUCCUCAUGGAGCUCAUCCAAGGCGGCCCGUCCUCCCUCGUCGUCCUCCUCGACCUCUUCCCGCGCAGGGACCUCCCGGUCCACCCGGACUACAUCGACAAGUACUACGGCGCGACCGGCGUCGACGCUCAUCGUAUCAACAUCGAGAAGAUCCCUCAGGUCCGGCCGUAUGUCUCGCCGUCGCUGCUGGUCCGGAGCCUGUGGUCACCAACGGCGGUCGUCGUGGACGUUCAGUGCGGGGAGGGUAAGGAGGCCGUGCUUGAGGAGAUUGUGCGGGGCCAGCUUGCACAGUCCGCCGUGGAGCUUCUUGAUGUCUGGCUCCAAAAGUGUGCGGGGAGUGUCGUGGAGAUGGAAGAGACGGAGAAGGAGAGCUUGGUGGCGAGGGACAAGAUGAUCUCAACCACAUCGGUGAAGCUUAACCUGUCUGCCAACCUACCCAAGAUAUUUGACAAGCAUGUGUCUGAUAGGGUAGUGGCUGAAAUCGACAAGGCCUUUCGUGGGCCAUAA